AUGGCUCUGAACAAGGUCCUGGCGUGUCUUUCCCUGGUCCUGUUUGCGGUCUCCUCGGGACCACCCAUUGGCGCUUCAGCAGAGAUCAGUGAAGUUGUGGACGUCAAUUAUGGGAUCUCAAACCCCUGCGAGUGGGUCGAAGAAGUGAUUGGAGGAAUUCCUGCAGACAGAAUUGCCUUUGACAGCCAAGGUUGCCGCAAGCUGUUGAGCUCUGCUGUAGAGGAUUCUGCGGCCUUCGAAGAGAACUGGGAGCACACCCGCCCGGCACUGACCUCGCCAGGCGCUCGCCGCCUGGCCGACUGGAGGCGUGGCAGCCGCUUCAAUGGCGGCGGCUCUUCCGCAGCUGCGGCAGCCGCCGCAGCUGCCGCAGGGAGGAACUCGGCAGCGGCGGCUGCGGCUGCGGCGGCUGCCUGUCGUGGGCGUAAGCUGACAGAGCACGAGCAUGAGUCAGCCUCAGCAGGUGGCCGCAAGCUGGCCGACUGGUGGGGAGGAGGCUUCAACCGCUUUGGUGGCAGCUCGUCCGCUGCCGCCGCUGCAGCUGCGGCAGCCGCAGGGAGGAACUCGGCAGCUGCAGCGGCGGCUGCCGCAGCAGCUUCCCGGGGCCGCAAGCUGGCGGAGUGGGACCACGGCAGCUCAGCAGCAGGUGCUCGCAAGCUGAACGACUGGGGCGGCGGCCGCUUUGGCGGCGGCGGCCGCUUUGGCGGCGGCAGCCGCUUUGGUGGCGGCGGCGGAGGCGGCUCCGCGGCAGCAGCUUCCAGCGCAGCUGCCGCUGGUGGUGGAGGCCGGGACGGGGGUUCAGCCGCGGCCGCAGCUGCGGCAGCUGCCGCCGCCGGGCGCAACUCUGCCGCCGCCGCUGCAGCCGCAGCCGCCGCGGCGGGGUGA